GAUUUGAUACAUGCGUCUUCUGGCAAUUGAAUUCGAUUUGAUACAUGCGUCUUCUGGCAAUUGAAUUUGAUUCAAUACUCGUGGCAUAUUAAGUCAAACUUCACAAAGAUGGAAUGGAUACAGAGCGAGAGGGGUGGGCGAAAGCUCCUCCUGGGAGGAUACAUGUACGUCAAGCAAAAAGAUUUGGCAGAUGGGUACGAGGGCUUUGAAUGUGAGCUACGAAGGAACACACGACAAUGCAGAGCAAAAAUUAAGGUCAUGGGUGAUAACCAAUUCCGCGAUAGAACGGAGCAUAACCAUCCGCCUAACCAUGGUAGAAGCAAUGCUACGAAGGUUAAAGCAGCAACGAAGAGAAGGGCCACUGAGUCCAAUGAAAGACCACAACAGGUGCUUAUGGCGACACUAUGCGAGGUAACAGAGGAAGGGCGGGCAGCGCUACCAUCACUAAACAACAUGAGGAGGAAUAUCCGGAGACAGCGCCAAGAGAACCCAAACGCCCUCCCCAUUCCCAUGACUGUGGAAGAUCUGGAAAUCCCUGUAGAUCAACGAUUGACGCUGGGUGGAGAGCUUUUCCUUUAUCACGACUCUGGAAGAAACGACCCUCGCCGGAUUUUAGUGUUUACUACGGAAAGGAACCUUCAGUUGCUGUCAACGUCUGAAAGUUGGUUCGCUGAUGGCACGUUCAAGGUAGUGCCGACCAUCUUCUUCCAGUUGUGGACAAUCCACGCCACAUAUGACGGACAUGUGGUGCCUUUGGUUUAUUGCCUCAUGCUAAAUAAGGACCAGGCGUCAUAUACAAGGGUACUAGCAGCACUACAGGAGGGAAGGGCGUUCUACCCAACCAGAAUCAUGAUCGACUACGAAUUUGCAGCGAAGAACGCAUUUUCCCAGGCAUUUCCAAAUGCUCACGUUCAAGGAUGUCUUUUUCAUCUCUGUCAGAGGAUACAUGAACGGAUCAAGCAAGAAGGGCUGCAGGUGCUCUACAACGAGGAUGAGGAGAUCCGGACACAGGCGAGAAUGAUAGGAGCGAUUGCAUUUGUGCCAGUGGAAGACACCGUGGAGGCGUUUGAAGCCUUGGCAGGCAUUGCAAGGGCAGAGCUGCAACCUGUCCUCAAUUAUUUUGAGGAUACUUAUGUGGGUCGACCUCAAAGAGCCGCGGGACAUGGUCGCCAGGCAGCGAGGUUCCCGCCCAUAAUGUGGAACAUGUUCAAUGCGACACUGCAGGGGGAAUUUCGCACGAACAAUCAUGUGGAGGGCUGGCACCGAAGGUUCCAGAUCGGCGUCGGUGCCGACCACCCCUCGUUUUGGCAGUUUUUGACCUGCCUAAAACGGGAACAUGCCAUGAACGAAGUAACGAUCGGACAAGCGCAAGCUGGAAUGGCGCCUCCCGCACGUAGGAGAGUGUACCAAGAUACCAAUCUCCGGCUCAUCAGGCUCGUUACUAAUUACCAUGGGAGAGACAUUGUAGAUUUUUUGAGGGGCGUGUCCCAUAAUCUUCACUAACGAUCAGUCACCUAUGCUAUUGUACAGUUUUUGAUCAGUCCAGUUGAAUUGUUUUAACAUGCAGGACCUCCCAUUUACUUGGCAUUACAUUAUAUGGGAUGUUUUGUUUUACAUUAAGAGAUGCGUAUAUACAUUGUUGAAUACAGAAUGAUAUCAUUUGAUAUCUUCUUUUUGUAUGCAUUUGAUCGUUUUCAGGAUAAAAGUUUCUAUUUUUUUUAAUUCUCUUUUUUACUGUUUCAUGUUUAUAUGAUAAGCAUGAUUAGCAUCGGGCAAGCGCAAGCUGGAAUGGCGCCUCCCGCACGUAGGAGAGUGUACCAAGAUACCAAUCUCCGGCUCAUCAGGCUCGUUACUAAUUACCAUGGGAGAGACAUUGUAGAUUUUUUAAGGGGCGUGUCCCAUAAUCUUCACUAACGAUCAGUCACCUAUGCUAUUGUACAGUUUUUGAUCAGUCCAGGUGAAUUGUUUUAACAUGCAGGACCUCCCAUUUACUUGGCAUUACAUUAUAUGGGAUUUUUUGUUUUACAUUAAGAGAUGUGUUACGUAUAUACAUUGUUGAAUACAGAAUGAUAUCAUUUGAUAUCUUCUUUUUUUAUGCAUUUGAUUGUUUUCAGGAUAAAAGUUUCUAGUUUUUUUUUAAUUCUCUUUUUUUACUGUUUCAUGUUUAUAUGAUAAGCAUGAUUGUGAUGAUCUUUGCCUCUGAGUUUUACUUUGGGAUGUCAGAACUCUGUUUUUAGUACAUGACUUUGAUAAGUCUCCUCCUUUGGCUUCCUUCAAGACAGCAGGAAGGUGUUUUAUUUGUGUUAAUGUAUCAUUAAUAUUUAUCAUGUUUAUCCUCUUCAAAUAUGGUUUUGGGCAAUACGCGCUAAAAUUUGCUGGACAGAAGUUUUAUCGUUGCAGAAAAAGCUCUUCGUAUUAAUCGCAACUCUCAGUCGCGUUCCCUUACAAAUCCUAUAUUCUUUGAAAAUAGCAUGUUAAUAAUUAAUGACCUCUAUCUCUUCCAGUUAGGCCAGUUUUUGUAAACUAACAGUAAUGACAUGCUCUCAAUUUUAUUCAUGAUGUGUUCCUCCCCCCA